AUUGGAUCGACUUUCCACCUUCAUUCAUUCUCACCUCGUUUCUGCGAUCUGAGUCCCGUCAUGCUCCGGCUGGCCUGCAGGGUUAGACCUCUCCGGUCAGUACCGGUCUCACCUCGCAUCCGCUUAAAAUCCACUGUCGCCCCACCGCUGAUUCGCCUCGAGAGAGCGACCUGUUAUGAGCAAUAUCCCACCCCCGGAGAUACCAGCCAGCCUUUUUUCCGGACUCUCAGCUUCGUCCUGCCGUCCAAGCCGCUGGAGGAGGAUGCCUUCCAGCCUCAGAAAUGGGCGGUGAUCGGGCUCUCGGACAAGACCAAGUUUCUCGAAUUUCUGAACGGCCAGCAUGUCAGCGUGCCCCCGGACGCCCGCUCGCACCCUUACCUGCUCACCGAAGAGCUCGCCGCGAAAAACCCCCGCGCGCGGUUUGUGAGACAUGCUAUUCGAUACCUGGGGUUCAGUGGGGAAGGCUCCGGAGCCACCGGGGGUACCCGCGGUGCUUAUCUGAGUGCCCGGUAUGAGAGUCUGCGGGAGGAGACAGACUGGACGGUGCGCCAGUACCUGCGCGGCCAGACCUCGCUGAAUCCGCUGGCCGAGGAGAAAGACGGCACCGUUCACGACGAAGAGCAGCUGGGGCAGGUCAUUUCGGACCUGUCGCUGGAGGCGCUGCUGGACAUGCCAGUAGCCAACCUGAGCAAUGGCCAGAUGCGCCGCACCCGGAUCGCCAAAGCUUUGCUAAGCAAGCCUGAGGUGUUGCUUCUCGACGAUCCUUUCAUGGGCCUUGAUCCCCGAGCCGCACAGAAAAUGUCCGGACUGCUCAAUAGCCUGGCCGACAAGUCGGAACCCCGGUUGAUCCUCGCCCUUGGCCCCCAGGAUCUGUUGCCCGAUUGGAUAACUCAUACCGUUAUCCUCGCCGACUGCCAGCAGAUUUUAUACAAAGGACGUCGAUCGGGCGUAGACCGGUUGAUCCCUUUCUUUGAAAAGGUCGCCAAGGGCCACCGCCCUGGCCCGACUCUCAAUGAGGGAGACGAACCGUUUGAGGAGGGCGUGGAGGAAUGUUAUACGAAGCUAAUGAGCACUGUUAAGACCGACUUUUCACACGGCAGAAAAAGGACCAUUGCAAGCCGGGAAUUCAUUCAGGAGCUCGUCGCUUGCUGGAAAAGAUCGUCCUCCGAAGGUGCAGCUCAAGUCAAGCACGAUCCGCCCAGAGGCGGCGAGCCCUUGAUUGAGAUGGAUGGUGUUCGAGUGCAGUAUGGAGACAAGGCCGUCCUGGGCAAUUGGUCCCAGUCUGUGGACGGUCAAUCGAAGGAGGGUCUUCACUGGACGGUGCGCCGUGGCCAGCGCUGGGCUGUCUUAGGCGCCAACGGAUCCGGCAAGACGACGCUGCUCUCGCUCAUCACCUCCGACCACCCUCAGACCUAUGCGCUCCCCAUCCGGCUCUUCGGCCGCUCGCGACUACCCGAGGCUGGCAAGCCCGGGAUCUCCAUCUUCGAACUUCAGCGGCGCAUCGGCCACUCCUCGCCCGAGGUCCACGCCUUCUUCCCUCGUCAACUCACCGUGCGCGAAUCCCUUGAAUCCGCCUUCGCUGACACUUUCCUGGCGCGUCCGAAGUUGAGCUACGAGCUCGAUCUGGAUGUGGAAGCUCUGUUGGACCACUUCCGGCCCGAGCUCUACCGCAUCGCGGAACUCAAGGGGAUCAUCGAACCCCCCCGCUCGACGAGGGGUAUCAAAGGGCCCAUUACCAAGGAACUCAUGAGCUUGUUUCCGCGGGAUGGGUACUUCUUCCACAAACAUUAUGAACCCCUGGGGCAGGAAUAUGAGUGGGCCGACAAGAUCACAUUCGGCGAGCUCCCUCUAGAUCUUCAGCGGCUGGUUCUAUUCCUGCGCGCCCUGGUGCACCGGCCGGACAUUGUCAUCCUGGACGAGGCCUUCUCCGGGAUGAGCCCCAGUCUGCGGCAGAAGUGUCAUGAGUUCCUCGAACAUGGCGCGGGCCGCUUCCGGGGUCUGACAGACCAGCAGGCCCUGGUCAUGAUUAGCCAUUCCUACCCGGAGAUCCCGCGCAUUGUGCGCUACUACAUGCGCCUGCCGUCUGCCGACGAGGAGGCCGGACAGGGUUUCCGGUUUGGCCCGCUCCGGUCGACGAGCGCGAUGAAUGAUCGAAAGGUCUGGCAGACCAUCUGGAGCUCGAGGGAGACCUUUGAGUCGGAGGCCGAGCGCGCUGACCCGGAACAGGCCCCAACCGGGGAGCCGGUGCGCGAGGACUUCAAGCGGUAUGAGUGGCAGUCCGUCUGAGGUUCCGGUUGGGGGGUGCAUACCAAAAGGAUAGAAUCACGAGGAGGUUGAGUUGGAUUUAGCGCAAUGUUUUGAGAUGUACUGUAUACUAGUUCUUGGCACAUAGAAUGCGAUGCUGGAC